AUGCUCUCCCCCAACUAUCCCUACGCUCGUUCCCCGCCUCCAGUACGACCGUCCCGGUCGCUGGAAGGCCUCGAGCGAGUCAUUCCUCCAUCAACACCUACUUCACCCUACCCGCCCACCAUGACCAUGGGCUACUCCUCUACCACUCUCUACAAAUCUCCGUACUCACCCACCCGCUCCGACCUCUUCCUCAAUAAGCCACUCCCCGCAAAACCCCUCCCGGACGCCCCGCCCGAGUACUCCGCCAUGUGGAGUGACUCGAGCGACGACGAUGACAGCGACAACGAAAGCGAAAUCAGCGUCGACAGCACAGUCGCCGGUCCCAGUGAACCCCGUAACUCAACAGAGAGUUAUCCCAUCUUUGUUUCGGGCUCCGAUGAUUAUGGCGAUUUGGUCGAUCACUCGGCCCCCGCAGAUCCAAGUUCGCAUCCCGAUGGCGUUAGUUUGGGUCUGAUCCGCUCUUCAUCUCCACCGACCAUCGCCGAGGAAAGUCGUUCGCGCACGGACUCGGUCCAGUCCCUGGUCGAGUCGGUGUGUAAAAGCGAAGUGGAGGAGGAGGAAAGUGAAACCGACUCGGCCAAUAAUUCCACGACGUCUAGAUCGGAUGCACAGUAUGGCCGAUUAUCGCAGUGGUCGCAGAACCGCAGUGGCACGAAUCACUAUUUUCGAGAGAAGAAGUGGGAUUUCUUCCCCGAGUUGGCGACCCCGUCGGCUCAGGCUGGACAGUCUGGUGUCGGUGGUGGGCGGACGAGUCCGGCUUUGCGGAGUGUGAAAUCACGCAAGAAGGAUGGUCGUUUGAAUGGUUCCAAGUCGUGUCGGUGGCAUUCUCUUGAUAGGGCUGGUCUGGGAUUGGCAUAUGGCGUGCGUCAUUCAAUUAAGACCUAUGUCCACCGUACGCUAUCGCGCGACUCGACAGAAGCCAAAGCCAAGGAGGCUCUGCGCCCGUCCACGGCCCCAGUCGAUGUCCUCGAAGGGCACGCCUUCUACCGUCCCGAUGAUAUCAAGGUGAUGCCUCAUUCCGAUGUCAACAUUCAACUCCGCACACUCUCCAUCUCGACCGCCUCUACAGCCAGCGAAAUCCCCCCAAGCCCGGCUAGCCCACGCUCUUACCAACGCCAUAAGCAACUCGCCGUGCCAAUGUCGAACUAUCAAAAGUACGGGCCUGCAAUCUGGGAAUCUCCCAAGAAGUCCAAGAAGAAGACUUCGCAGAAGCAGUUGUACACAGGUACACAAUCUACUCCUACUUCCCCGACUGCGCCUCAAUUCUCCAUCGCAAACCCCACGCCACCACUCUCUCCACCAUUGAAGCUGCAAUUGCAGAAUGGAUCGCGAGAGGCCGUGCGUGUCAUCCAGGGCGGCAAAAGCCAGGUCCUUUUCGCGCUGGACGGGGCGAAGAAGAGGAUGGCCGAGUCGAAAGACGAGCGACGCCGGGAACAAUUGAAAGCCCAGAUUAAAUUGAUUGGGCCUGUGAAUCCGCAUACGUAUAGACAAGCCGAUCCUUGGGUGUGA